AUGCAUCUAAGAUCAAAUAUAUUGUUAAUACUUGCAUCACUUACGUGUGUGCUCAGCUCACCUACAACUCCUUACAAUGAUACAAUUGAAUUAGCUCAAGGUCCAGGAAAUUUUAAUGCAGACCAGGUGGAAGAUAUAUUGAUUGCUUUGCAAGACUUUAAUGCUCAUCAACAUGGCACAGGAUUUAUAACUAGUGCAAGAUCAAAACCAAGAUCAGAGGACUUAAGUACUAGAUCGGAUUGGCCGUUGUUGGAUAAAAUUUUGACAAUGAUAGAUAAUUCUGGUAUUGCAAUCACUGUUAUAGAUUAUGUUUUAUUAAAACCAGAGUUACUAGACCUUACGAUAAAUACCACAAUUUGGGUUAUCAGAUUAAGAUUGAUAAAUUUGACUAAUUUGUUGAUUGCAUUAAGAAAAUCUGGAUUAGUGAUAGAAACUUUGACAUUAAGCUUAAAUGAUCCAGAUAUCUUACCUGGAUUAAUUUCAAUUACAAAAGAAGUUAUAAAACAAGGUGGUCUCAAAGUGAAUUUGUUUAAUAAAAGAGAAGAAAAGACUGCUUUACUUCAAAAUAACAUAGACAUUGAACAAGAAACUUCACCAACAAAGGAUCUUAUAACAUUAAGUAAAAGAGAAAGUUAUUUAUUAGAUCAAUUGUUUUUGUCAUUAAGAGAAUCUGGUUUAGCUAUAGCUGUAGUCCAACAUAUUUUAACAUCACCUCAAUUAGUAUCUGCAAAUGCACAUUUUGUUGUUUCAAUUUUACAAUUGCAUGCUUUGAAUAUUGUUGAUUUAAUAAAUGCUUUGAAAGAAUCUGGUUUACUUACAUCUGUAUUUAAAGAUUUAUUAGGUAAUCCUCAAACGGUAAAGGAUUUCGCUAAAGUUGUGAUGGAUAAGGUCAAAAAGGGUUUAAUUCCUCAAAAAUUGUUUGAUCCUUAA